GAAAUAUUUUAUCGGAUUUUUUCCUUUGCUCUGCUGGUUGGAAUUGCCGGCAGAUGGCUGCUUUCUCGACAUUCAACGUUUUCGUUCAAUGGACUCAAUAAAACGCUUGUAAAAUGGUCCUAUUUGUCGAUAUUGGAAUUGACCACGCCAUCCGGAUAGUCUCAAAGAACAUAUUAUGGUCCACCUUGCACCCAAAUUUAUCUAAUUCAUCCGUUAUCAAAUAGCGGGCGUUUAAUUCCACUGCUGAAGUUUGACAAUAAACACGUUUUGCAGAACUGUAUCGCUGGUAAAUCAAAUUUUAUUGGAAUUGUUCGUGCCGCACGAUUCCCCUACAGAUAUUCAAAUGGCUAUAGAGAUAUAUCUCAGAUAUGGAGCGUCAAUCAAAUGCUGCGUCAAAUCGAGGAGAGUAGUUCAACAAGUAUACACAUGCGAUUGUAUUCAAGUCCAGCACGCCGACCAAAUUUCUUUUCACAAUUUGUUGAGAAUAUUAGACAAGAAAUGCAAAAAAAUAAGGAGAUGAAAGAAUCACUGAAAAAAUUUCGUGAAGAAGCUGAGAAGCUUGAGCAAUCGGAUGCCUUAAAAUCUGCUAGACAAAAAUUUCAGACCGUUGAAUCUGAAGCUAAUAAAAGUUCGGAAGUAAUCAAGGAAAGGUUGGAUCAUCUCAAAGAAAAGGUUCAAGGUGUCUUGGAGGAGGCCAGUAAAUCGGAAAUAGGUAAAAAGGCCGGUCAACUCGGUGAGGAAAUAACCAAGUCAGCUAAAGAUGCAGCUGAAACUAUUUCUGAAAAAAGUCAAGCUAUAGGAAAGACUGGGGCCUUUCAAACGAUAUCACAAACUGCUGAGGCUGUCCGGAAAGAGUUUGAUCAGCAAGGAAUACAAGCUCGCGUUUACGUUCCUCCAAAAAAAUUACGAAAACGGAAAGAAGUACCCGAUAUAGUGGACGAAAAGCAAGUGGAAGCAAAUGAGGAAGCUACUGGAGUCGAACUUCACAAAGAUUCCAAAUUUUAUCAAUCAUGGCAAAAUUUUAAGGACAACAAUCCAUAUGUUAAUAAAGUCUGGGACUGGAAAAUGAAAUAUGAAGAAUCCGAUAAUCCUAUGAUACGAGCUUCUAGGCUACUCACAGACAAAGUGACGGAUAUAAUGGGAGGUCUAUUUCAAAAAACGGAACUUUCAGAAACACUAACUGCAAUUUGUAAAUUAGAUCCAAAUUUUGACAAGGUCAAGUUUCUGAGAGAUUGUGAAACAGAUAUAAUUCCUAACAUUCUUGAAGCGAUGGUGAGAGGUGAUUUGGAUACGUUAAAGGACUGGUGUCACGAAGCACCAUACAAUCUUAUAUCACAGCCCUUAACACAGGCAAAAAAAUUAGGAUACUAUUUAGACAGUAAAAUUUUGGAUAUCGACAACGUAGAUCUUGUGAUGGGGAAAGUUAUGGAGCAAGGUCCCGUACUAAUAAUAACUUUCCAAUCACAGCAAAUUAUGUGUGUAAGGAACGCGAAAAAUGAAGUAAUUGAAGGUGAUCCAGAAAAAGUGAUGCGAGUGAAUUACGUUUGGGUCUUAUGUCGAGAUCCUACUGAAUUGAAUCCAAGAGCAGCAUGGCGACUCUUGGAUCUGAGUGCCAAUAGUGCGGAACAAUUUUUGUAGUUUAGAUUCUAUUGAAGAAAAUUCGUCAGGAUUCCUUGGAAAUUUCGUUAUCAAGUAGACAAUGAUUUCAUAGUUCACAUUGCACUGGAUCGACUUUAUCGAAAAAUGAAACAAAAAAAUUAAUACCGUAAGCUCCAAUUUUAUGGUACAUUUUGCGAGAUUUGGUCCUCUGUUACUUGCUAACAGUCUGCGACUAUUCAUUUUUAUUUGAAUCCAGAGCAACCUCAUAUCCUGUAAUUAUUCUAUAUCAAAGCCAGAAUUUGUUGCGAAUUUGACAAAUUUCACUCUGUAUGGAUAUGUUACAUGAUAUCUCAUUUUCAUUUUAUUCGUGAAACCCUGUUUCUGUAGUUUAAAAUACAAUUGAGCGUACUACAUUUUAUUAUCACAGGCACAUUCUCGUCUCAAAACCACGGUUAUAUCUCUGUAAAUAAUUGACUUGUUCGUUUAGAGAGUGUUAUCUCCUGACAAGUCUUGUAAAAUACAAAUAUAAAGAAAUAUCGUGUCAUAUUUAUUAAUUAAUUACUUUGGUGUUGUACUUGUUACUGUAAUGUAGGCCUACGAUAUUCAACUUAUAGAGAUUACAAAUUACCUAUCGAAAAUCGGAAUUCCGAAUAUUACUUUAAACAGAUCUAGUACUUAAUAAAUGAGACCACCUGAUUACACCCUUUUGGAACGUGUACUAAAUUCUUCAAUGUUAAAUUUUGAACCUCUUUUACACAUGUUAUAAAAAUAAAGCCGCAAACAUAAA